AUGUCAAAACAACUAUCCACCGUCUUUACCACGACUUUGACCCUCAUUGAACAAUUCCAAGCCGCCAUCACCACACCCCCACCAGCGGCUGUAACCGAAGCCGCAGGAAAUGACACCGAAGCGCUGCCCCUCCUUACGGUCUCGUCGACCGCGCUCAAAGCUCACGUCACAAAACUCUCCCUUCUCGCCAUCACCUCGCCUUUCACCCACUCCGCCGUUGGUACUGUCCUCCGCGAGCUGAAUGAGUCUGUUCUGCCGUCGCUCGUCACCGCGGUGCUCCUUGUCACUCCGGCGCAAUACACGAAGGCGUUCCAUUCCGAAGCCUUGGCCUUGGUACAGACCGUUUUGACAGAACUCGUCUCUCUUGUGAAGGAAGUCAAGCGCGUCGACAACAAGAAAGAGCAAGAAAAAAAGGAUACUAAGAAGGAGGGCGAUUUGACUAAGUCUGAGAAGGAUGCUGUGACACUUGCUACUGGACGUGUCUGGGAUGCUUGUGAUGUCGUGACUGAUGUCGCAAACAAGGGUGUUGUCGGGUUUGUGAUGCGCCGCGUUGAGCAAUGGCGGGAUCUGGUUCGCGACGCGGUUGAGGAGAUCGAGGAUUGGGAUCCUGAAGAUGAUGAUGAUGAUGAUUUCAUGGAUGAACUUAUUGGGGAGGAUGAGAAGGAUGAGAAGGAUGAGGACUCGGAGGAUGAUGAGGAGGAAACUGCCGCCCUCCACGAACACAAGAAAUCCACCCUUCGAUUCCUCAAGCCUGUUGCUCAGGUCUACCCUGCGAUCCUCAACAACCGGCUAAAAAACGCCGGAACUGCGCCUUUGGAUUCAUCCGCCAAUGUCAAGACAUUAGAGGCCCUGAUGCAGAACCUACAAGCUAUCUCAGAACAUGUUGAUGAGGCGGCUGGUGGGCUGUACGAGGCCAAAUUCGAACGGUCUGCUGAGUACCUGCAGAAGACGAAAAAGUGUGCCGAGGAAGCGGUCAACUUGGUUAUUUCGCCCUGGGGCGCUGCGGACGAUGCACCGGCAGACAAGUUCAUUACUUGGUCAAAGACAUGGCUCAAGGUCAUUGAUGAAGUUAGCAAGACAGCUGGCGAGAAUUGA